UCUAGAGAUUUGUAGAAGAUACGGUUUCCACCUUUACCGCUAACGUUUCAUCAUGUUAUUAUCACGCGUCUUCAAGAACGUUCCCUUCCUCUUCCCGCAACUGCUUUUAUAACUUCCAAAACCCUUAUCUUCUCUCGUAACAAGCAAAUCUAUACCUCUGACCCUCACGAUCCAAUAUUCCCGCGUUUUUAUUACAUAAUGCAUAAGUGGAAUCUUCCCUACCGCAAAGAUGACGUGGAAAGCGGCGGCAACAGCGGCGAGAGACCUCUGUAUCCGACGAUGCUUGAGAGCCCCGAGCUCCGGUGGGGCUUCAUCCGCAAGGUUUACUCCAUAAUCGCUUUUCAGCUUUUAUUAACAAUCGCCGUCGCCGCCACGGUUGUCACCGUACGUCCGAUCGCCGUGUUCUUCUCCACCACUAGCGCCGGCCUUGCUCUCUGGAUAGUUCUGAUCAUCACGCCUCUUCUAGUGUUGUGUCCUUUGUACUAUUACCACCAGAAACAUCCCGUGAACUACUUGCUUCUUGGUAUUUUCACCGUGGCUCUUGCUUUCGCGGUGGGGUUAUCAUGUGCAUUCACCAGCGGGAAAGUGAUUCUUGAGUCAGCGAUUCUAACAACAGUAGUGGUGCUUUCCUUAACCUUCUACACCUUCUGGGCGGCAAAGAAAGGAUAUGACUUCAACUUCCUCGGCCCAUUCUUGUUUGGUGCUAUCAUUGUUCUCAUGGUCUUUGCCCUUAUUCAGAUAUUUUUCCCGUUGGGACGGAUCUCAGUGAUGAUCUACGGUUGCUUGGCAUCUAUAAUAUUCUGCGGCUACAUAGUGUAUGACACAGACAAUCUCAUCAAACGUUACAGUUACGAUGAGUACAUCUGGGCAGCGGUGUCGCUCUACUUGGACAUCAUCAACCUCUUCUUGUCUCUCCUCACCAUUUUCAGAGCUGCCGAGAGUUGAAUGACUUAAAACUUUAAUAUGUAAAUCUCUAAUACUACCAAAGGUGUUUUGUUUUUGAUUCAUGUAUAUAUAAAACUUGAAUUCACUUCCA